AUGUCCGAGGAACAAAAGCUUACAAAAAAGCAACUCAAAGCUCAACAGUUCAAGAAGAGUAAAGAUGAGAGAGAGACUGACAAAGAGGAUAAGAAGAGGAAAAGAGAAGAAGAGGAGAAGCAGAAGCUAGAGCAAGACCAAACUUCAAAGAAGAAGAGAAAAACUAGAAGAGGAAAAGGUGGCAAGGGCACGAAGAAGGGGAACAGGUUUAUUGUGUUUGUGGGGAAUAUAGGCCGUGAAACAACUGCAUCGCAAUUACAAGCUCAUUUCAAGGCCAGCAGUCCAGACCACAUUAGAAUGAGACAAGACAAGGGAAUUGCAUUCCUUGAAUUUGACGGAGAUAAAGACCACAAGAACAUACAAAGAAGAAUGGACGUCGCAUUACUUCAACAUAAGACGAUGCUCGGAGACCGCAAGAUCAACGUUGAACUAACAGUUGGUGGUGGUGGUAACAGUGCAACACGUCUUGAGAAGCUAAGAACUAAGAACGAUAAACUGGACAUUGAGCGUAAUCAACGUAUGGCUAAACUAAUCAGCGACAGCAGAGGCAACAAGAAGACGGACCAGGACUCUGAAUCAAAUGGCGCAGAGAAGAACGAACCCAAGAAACCUUCAUCUGUACCUGCAGGAAUCCAUCCAGACAGAGCAAGAUUUAUUAAAUGA